AUUUCUUUUCAUGUCGUUUUCGUCGUUCCGUUACGAAGGCCCAUGCCUAUCAAAUAAAUUUACAAUAGUUGACUUUGACGAACGGCAUUACCAAUAACUCUCAGAAAAAGGGUUUCCAUUACGCCCAAAUUACCAUUCUGCCCUUGCUUCGCCCCAGAGAUUCUCCAAUGUCCGGCGAAACCACCGGACUCACGUCCCAAUUGAGAGAAGCCGGCCAGUCAGCGAUGGCCACGCGUCGACCAUGGGGAGAGUUCUUUGACCCGACCGCACUGAGCUUCCCUUCCAGCGUCUCGGACGCCACCACCAGGCUCGCCCAGAACCUGACUCAUUUCCGAUUCAACUACGCCAUGGCGGUCUUGGCCGUCCUCUUCCUCAGCCUAAUCUUCCACCCGUUUUCUCUAGUCAUCUUCUUGAUCGUCUUCGUCGCCUGGAUCUUCCUCUACUUUUCUCGCGACGUCCCUCUCACCGUUGCCGGUGUUACUGUGGAUGAUGGAAUCGUCGUGGCGGUUCUUGGGGUGGUUAGUUUGGUGGCUCUGUUCAUGACCCACGUGUGGCUCAACUUUUUUGUUUCGAUUGCUAUUGGAGCUGGUUUGGCGUCGUUGCACGCUUUGCUUAGGAGUACGGACGAUCUAGUCAUGGAUGACCAACAAUCCCCUUAUGGACAGUUAUCAGAUGAUUCUCCUGGUACCUAUACAAUUGUUUGACCUGUUUAUUAUAUGAGUGAUUGGGAACGAUAUCUGAUAAUGGGGUGUUCUCACUAUAGUGGUGGAAGAUUUUGACUCGAUUAAUUCAUUGUCAAUAUCUGAUACUAUGAAGUUUCAACCGUCUAAGCUUGUUCAAACUGUAUUCUUAAUUCCUGGCAACCAAGUUAUCGAUGUCCAAAAUUGCUCAUUGUCUCUCCCAACAUUGUAUAUUGAAGACAUUUACCUUGUGACAAAACAUUUGUUUUUCAAUUUCUUUUGCUUACUAGUUUUUGGGCUUUGAAAAUGUUCACUUGUAGUCAUGAUUUCCUUUUAGUUUUAAGCAAAUUCAUAUUUGAUACAUUUUCAUGGUGUAUAUAGAUUAAUUGAUUUCUAUGGUCCAUUUGGUUUCUUUAAUACAGCUACUUACAAGAUUUCAUAGUA